GGCGCCACCCCGUUAAGCAACAACGUUGCAGGCCAAGAUGAGCAACGAGUGGCUCGUUCGUGAAGGGAAGAAAAAUGCAUUUUUUUUGUUGUCCCGAGAAGGGUUUUUUUCACGCCACGAAUCUCUCAACGUCGGCUGCGGUUGCGUCUCGUCUCGUCUCGUCUCUAGGGGGCAGCGUCGACACCUUCAGGGUAUCCGUGCGGAAAACGUGGCUUGGCUGAACAACACUGCCCGCCCAGAUGCCGUGCAAUGUGCGAGCCCCCCAUUCUGCCCCCGGUGAAGCACAAAGAUCUCGCAACGUAGCGUGACGUCACUCGGGGGGGGUACUAUAGCAAACGAGGAAUAUUUCCUGACAGGGCUGUCGGCGGAGAGCGUAGUGGAGAGGUAUGCUGGGGAAGAUGGCAGUGAAUGUUCGUCUCACAUCUGAUGCCGGAGACAAAUAUGAUCGCGUUGAGCUCUUGGCAUGGCUCAACGAUUCCCUCCAGACAAAAUUCACAAAGGUCGAACAGAUCUGCUCAGGUGCUGCCUACUGCCAGCUCAUGGACUGGCUUUUUCCAGGCUCUAUGGAUUUAAACAAAAUCAAGUUUCAGGCCCAGGAGGAAUUGGAGUUCAUCCACAAUUACAAUCUUCUACAAAAAAGCUUCAGGAAAACUGGUGUGACCAAAGUAAUUCCUGUGGAUGAGCUAGUGAAGGGAGCCUUUCAAAUCAAUUUCCAGUUUUUGAAGUGGUUCAAGAAAUUCUUUGAUGCCAAUUUCUAUGGACAAAUUUACAACGCGUUAACAGCCCGAGAAGGUCAGAUUGUACUGCCAGUGACGGAGAAGCCUGUAUCUCCGCCAAACACAAAGUCCCCCAACAGUUUCACCCAUGCAGGUGGAAAAGAAAAAGUUGAUUGUGACUUCGAUGAGGAGUUACAUGAUCCAAAAACUAAACGGAUAACUUUCCUCACACACUGGCAAGAGACCUUUAGCUGGGUUCGUCAGAGUAAGCUCGGAGAUAUUUAUGCCUAUUGUGAAGUCUGUGACCUCAAUAUCACAAUUCACCAUAGAGGGCAGGUGGAUUUGAAACGGCACCAGAAUUCAAAAAGACAUUGCGAAAACCUGAAAAAAAGGAAAUGCUUGACAAAUAAGACGAAAGAUAACGAGGACGUGUGCGGAGGGGACUCCACUACCUGUGGCGUCGCAACCCUGAAGUUCAUUAAGAAGUACUGCACCAGUCUGAAAAGCUUCACCAAAGUACGUGACGGAUCCAGAGUUUCCAAUUGUAGAGCAAGAUAUAUCCUGGGACUGAAACAUCCAAAAGACAUCGCCUCCAUUUGUAGCCAGACCCCGUACUGUAUUUAUCUGCACCGUAACGUAGACGUGGGAGAUGGUGAACAGGCGGAUGUGGUGCUCGUGGGGUUCUUCGACGAGAAGGCCGGUCAAAACAGGAUCAGACUCCUUGACGUCGUGCGGCCCAAAACGGAGACGGUUGCCUCCGUGUCCUCUUGCCUCGUGGAAACGCUGCAGAAAUCUGGGCUCCCGGUUCUCAACCUCUCUGGUUUCCACACGGAUUGUCCCCCAGAAGAGGGGGCUGCGGUCCUCUCCAGGCUAAAGGAGAUGAACCCUAACGUUAUUUGCGUUGGGAGCCUCUCCCACCUGGCCAGCCUCGCCUGCAGGGCUGGAGUGGCAGCUUCCUCGAAAGACGUCAGUCAGUUAAUUUCCAACAUUCACAGCCAUUAUUCCUCCUGCUCAACAGCCAACGAUAACCUGAAGGAACUGUUUGCGAACAUCGAGCCUUACCAAGCAGAUUUGCCCACAUCAACGCAGUGCCUUGCGUUCACUAAUAUCGUAAAGAAAAUAAGUGACAUUUGGCCUGACCUAAUUUCAUAUUUUCAGUCCUGUGACCAUAAGAGUGAGAAAGUAAAGCUAAUCUGUGGACAGCUAGGAGACCACCAGCUGAGGGCGACGUUCCUCUUUCUGAGCCAUGCCCUCGAACCCCUGUGUGCUUUCCAGAGCAAACUGGAAAAACAAAAUGGUGACCUGGCCAAGCUCCUGAAGGAAGCCAGCGGCCUCCUGAGAUCAUACGCUGCCAGUCUUCUUCUUCCAGAGGCCGUGGUUAAAUUGUUGAAGGGCCAUGACUCCAAAGUCUUGGAAAAUGAGAAAAACUAUCUUCCAGGAACGGAGCUGAACGUCGGCGCAGAGGUGGAGGAGUACUUGACAAAAAACCAGCAGGGCCUGGGGACUGUCUGGGGCGAUUUCUUCAAGGAUGUCUCUUUGUUCUACGCCUCCGUGACCGCACAGAUUAUGCAGAAUCUCCCCCUGAAUGACACGCUACUCAGAAACAUUUCCAUUCUUUUAAAUCCCUCCUGCAAACUGAAGAUCACAGGCAAAGUGGUAGCAGAUCUUGCCACACACCUGGGCCUCUGUAAAAGACCUGAAGAAACCACUCAGCUGAUUGAUGAAUUUCUGGAGUAUCAGCUCUUGGAAAAUGAUGAAGCCCAGGUGCUGCCUCCAUCCCCCCUGCAGCACUGGAGUGCUGUCUUAAAGACAGCCUUAUCUGGAACUAAUGAGCAGAUGUCCAUUUUCCGAAAACUAAUCUUGACCUUGCUGUCAUUACCAUACCCCAGCAUGGAAGCAACAAAGGCUUUCAGUCAGGCGUUUGAGAACGGGGAUGUCUCUCUCCUUGAUGAGACGGUGACCGAGAAUGAGCUGGAUGACACCAGGGACUCAGACUUGACCGCAGGGAAUGAGGAUGUCAUCUUAGUGGAAGAUGGCCAUCUGUCUCCAGAGACCACAAAGCAUCCUAAGCACUGCAACAGCUCUGCAGAUGUGAUUGAUCUUACCCAGAUGAAACCCUGUGCUGUGCUGUUGAAAAAGAUCAACUGUACAAGUGUGGACAACAAGAAUGAAGUUUUUAUUGAAGAUGACAUUGUUUGGUCUAGUUCAUGUCAAGAGGAGACGACUAGGGGAAUUUGUGGCUGGGAGUCCAGUCUGAGGCAGAAACCGCCAGUUCGCAAAAUAUUUCAGGUGGGAGCGAACUCCUUGGAGAAUGUGAAGAAAGAGGACAACAGUGGGAGCACACAAACGAAUUCAGGGGCGCCUGGGGUUAAAAGGGGGAAUCAUACUUCAACGCCUAACAAGCCACCCAAGAAAUCUUAUCCAUACCAGGAUGGGAAGGGCUUCUCGGUUGGAGAGCUGGUGUGGGGGAAGGUAAAGGGCUUCUCCUGGUGGCCUGGCCUGGUCGUGGGCUGGAAGAGCAAGCAGAUCCCCACCGCCAUGCGAAAAGUGGAGUGGUUUGGAGAUGGCAUGUUCUCUGAGAUUUACACAGAGAGGCUACUUCCAUUUUCUGCCUUCUCUAAGUGCUUCUGUAACAGCUCAUUUGCCACUCUUCCAGCAUACAAGGAUGCCAUUUUCCAGUCACUUGAGAUGGUGAGUGAGAGGAGUAAGAAGACAUUUGCCAGUUGCAAGACCGAGUCUAAGGACGAGAAACUGAAGCCUAUGCUGGAAUGGGCCUUUGGAGGGUUUAAACCAAAAGGACCUGAUGGAUUCAAGCCUCCAGUAACUGAUAAUCUUGCAGCGAAAGCGGCACUCUUGGACACGCCAGUUCCAGAGUACCAGCCUCCAACCAAAAAACAGAAAUAUGUUUAUAAGAAUAAAGGUGGAAACGAGCAGGAGUACUCUAGAGUGCAAAUGGUCCGUGAAGUCCUGCAGAAAGGGAAAAACAUUGAGGAUUUCUGCCUGUCCUGUGGGACACCACAAACUGAGAUAUUUCACCCCCUGUUUGAAGGAAGCCUAUGCCUGAAGUGCAAGGAUAACUUCACUGAGACCUUGUACAGGUACGACGAGGAUGGCUACCAGUCCUAUUGCACAGUGUGCUGUGCCGGUCUGGAAGUUAUUCUCUGUGGGAACGCUAGCUGCUGCCGGUGCUUCUGCCUUGACUGCCUGGAUAUCUUGGUGGGCCCUGGGACCUUCGACAAGCUGAAGGAGGUGGAUCCUUGGAGCUGCUACAUGUGCCUGCCGUCUCAGCGCUACGGCGUCCUGAAAAGGAGGGAGGACUGGAGUAUCCGGGUGCAGGAGUUCUUUGUCAACAACAGCGCUAUGGAAUUUGAGCCUCACAGAGUUUACCCUUCAAUCCCUGCGAAUCAGCGCCGGCCCAUCAGGGUCCUGUCGCUGUUCGAUGGCAUUGCAACAGGUUAUUUAGUUUUGAAGGAUCUUGGCUUUAAAGUUGAACGGUAUAUUGCCUCUGAAAUUUGUGAAGACUCCAUUGCAGUUGGAAUGAUAAAACAUGAAGGGAGAAUCGAACAUGUGCACGACGUGAGAACCAUCACAAAGAAACAUAUUGCCGAAUGGGGUCCCUUUGAUCUCUUGAUUGGAGGAAGUCCAUGCAACGACCUUUCCAUUGUGAACCCAGCUCGAAAAGGUCUUUUUGAGGGCACUGGAAGACUUUUCUUUGAAUAUUACCGUCUCCUCAACAUACUGAAACCGAAAGAAGGAGACAACAGGCCGUUCUUCUGGCUAUUUGAAAACGUGGUGGCCAUGGGGGUCCGCGAUAAGACGGACAUUUGUCGGUUUUUGGAGUGCAACCCAGUGCUGAUAGAUGCUGUCAAAGUGAGUCCUGCGCACAGAGCAAGGUAUUUCUGGGGCAACCUCCCUGGAAUGAACAGGCCUCUUGCUUCUUCCCAGAGUGAUAAACUGGACCUUCAGGACUGCCUGGAACAUGGAAGGCAAGCAAAGUUCUCUAAAGUGCGUACCAUUACAACACGACCAAACUCAAUUAAACAGGGCAAGUCGGAGAUUCUUCCAGUGGUAAUGAAUGGAAAAGAAGACAAUUUGUGGUGCACAGAACUGGAGAGGAUUUUCGGUUUUCCCAGACACUACACGGAUGUGAAUAACAUGGGGCGUGGGUCCCGCCAGAAGGUCCUCGGGAGGUCGUGGAGUGUUCCCGUAAUCCGGCAUCUGUUCGCGCCCCUGAAAGACUACUUUGCCUGUGAAUAGCUGGGAACAAUGCGAGCAGGGACACCUCAAGGACCUUUGGAAGCUGCCCUUCCCUUCCCUGGGUUGGGUAGCUAGGCAACAUCAGCAGAAACAACACUGCAAAGCACAGAGAUUGAGCGAGGCGGGGGAGAGCGGUCCUAUACGCGCAGUGGCCGCUUUAUUAGGUACACUUGCUCGUGAACGCAAAUAGCCAAACAGCGAACCAGGUGGCUACAACGCGUCGGACCUUCUUCAGCAGCAGAAGACCACGCCGGGUCCCACCGGGUCAGCUAAGAACAGGAAGCUGAGGCUACAGUGGACACAUGAUCACCAAAACUGGAAGAUUGAAGAUUGGAAAAAUAAAGUGGCCACUGAGUGUAUACCCCCACCUUCAGCACACAUGUAUAACUGCCCCGUACAGUCUAGAAAACAAAUCCCCAGCUUCUCACUGAUGUCACAGGCAGGCUUACGUUCCAUGCUCUUUCUUUUAAUUUUCUCCGGAUCCCUUUGUUUGAGGUAAAACCAAGGAACCUUCUGUCCAACUGGGGUGUGAUUUCCGACGUUAUCCAGUUUUAUUUAUUUAAGCCACACCUGGAAUUGCUUUUAAACGUUUUUACUUGUCGGAGUUUAUCGGUCACUUACAGCACUGCCACUUUGUUAACUAUUUUAAAACAGGACAAUUUUAUUUAACGGGAACCUAAUAUUCAGUUUUCUGCCUACCUCAAACCUCUGUGCGAAAUCUGCUGUGUGGCGACAUUCUCUGUGUACGCUACCGCCCCCUCCAGGGUGUAUCCUGCUGUGCACCCGAUGCGAUAUGAUGAUGGGAGAGUGUGGAACAUUUUGGCGUUUCUCAUUGGUGAUGAUGUGAAAGUCUAUAUUUGAUUGAUAUCCUUGGUUUACUUGGUUUGCAUCACUCUGGGGGCCAAGCAUUGAUUCACCAUAGAACGCUCCCAGAUUUAAACAAUUGACCAAUCUAGGUGUGUGGAAAGCAAAUUUGUUUUAAAAUUAAUAGUAUUUAAUUCAAUUUUGUAACCAGUUCUUAUUUGGUCAAAUUCGAUGGUGAAGCCAAAGUAUAUGAAGUCUGGAAAAAAUUAGGGUGUUAAUAAUAAUUUAUAGUGAACUAAUAAGCUAUUUUGUAUUUUUGUUUUUUACCGUCAGAAUCGACAUUUCAUUUGGUUUAUUAUGAUGCUGAUAUAACAUAAGACUUUUGGACAAAAUUGCCAGGUGUAUCUUGAUUAUAUCCUCAUACAGGAACACAAAAACUGUUAUUUUUCUUUUAUGUCUUCUUGUAGUGAUGGUUGAUUUUCUGUUGUUUAUUCACAGUUGUGGAUGAUUGGAAAUUUCAUAGGACAGAUAAAUCUGUUGCUGGAUGAAUACAUUAUAGAUUGUAAUCUAAGCAAGCACAGCAGAGAAAUAUGCACAUAAGAUCAUGAUUCUGUAUCUGAAUCUCUGUAAGGCUGACCUUCACAUCAUGUGGAAGUGGCUUAAAUAAAUAAUCAGGUAGCUUACUGAAAAGGGACACUGUUACAACUAUAAGUGCCUGUCAUUUUUAAGCAAAAGAAAAUCUAAUGCACAAGGAAACAAUAUGUAGCAUUUUUGAGUACUGUGAAUUACUGCUGUGUGAUUCAGAAUAUCAUGAUCCAAGCAGCAAUUUUAAUCUAAUGACUUUCCACACCUAUGGAACACCUCAGGUGUAUUGUUCACUUUCUCAGCCAAUCUUGUCCUUUCAGCGCACGCGUAGUUUAAAAAGAAACGGUCAUGGCAAAAAUCAGUUUUGCCCAGUUCUGUGUACUCCUGCAUGUAUAAAACGAAGGUCAUUUGAUUUUCUGUUUUUUUUGUUGUUGUUGUUGGCUGCUACCUUUUGUUAUAGCAAGACUGAAACAUCAUUAUGUUCUUAUUCAUCAGUGCUGUUGUUUAUAGAUAGCUAGUUUAUGGGGAAAUUGUACAUUAAGAAUGUUUGCUUUUAUGUGUAUUUUAUGCUUUGAUUUAACCUUUUUUGUAAUGGCCAUAAUUAUCUGUUCAGGGUACUACUCACCCUCUUCUCAUGACCUGUGCAUUGUAGUGUUCUAUUUUAAACUGGUUUUAUUAUUGUAAUAUUUCAAAUCUUUUGUUUGCAUUCUUACCUUGGAUGUGGUAUAUCCCAACCACAUAACGCAUCUGAGGUGAGCUGGAUGUGACGGAUAUUUUUGGUGCUAUUUGACAUUUUUCCAAUCAAAACAAAUCAGGUUCUGUUCUUAAAAGCAAAACUUGAACAAUUAUGCCUAUGUGCCAUAUAGUGGAGGCCUUUUUAGACCUUUUGGUUACUGUUGUCUAUGUACUGUUUAUUGUCUACGUACAAUAAUACCUCACAAGAAUAUGUAAGGUGCUAGGAUAUUUUAAACUCUUAUUGGUGCUAUUUUUAAACCUUUAGUAUAAGGAAUUUUACUGCGUUAUGUGUACUGUUUUUUUCCUUGUGUUUUGGUAAUUGGGUUACAUGUACUGUAAUAGUAUUCAUAAUGAAAGUACCACCUGUCCUCAAGUUUUUAAUAGAAAGGUUGGACUUGUUUCUCUCAGCUUCAUUGUUAAUAUAUGUGUAACUAUAGGAAAUAAAUUAAAUUGAUUA